AUGAUGGUAUCGUUUGGACUGGAACUGGUUGGCAUGAUUUUGUCGGUGGUCGGCUGGCUGCUAAGUGUGGUCAGCUGUUCAUUGCCCAUGUGGAGAGUCUCCGCCUUCAUUGGAGCCAACAUAGUCACAGCGCAGGUGUACUGGGAGGGCCUAUGGAUGAGCUGCGUGGUGCAGAGCACAGGUCAGAUGCAGUGUAAAGUCUAUGACUCCAUGCUGGCCUUGCCUCAAGACCUGCAGGCCGCCAGAGCGCUCUCUGUUGUGUCCAUCAUUGUGGGAGUUGUGGCUCUCCUCAUCUCGAUGGUGGGAGCUAAGUGUACCAAUUGUAUCCAGGAGGAGGAGGUUAAGGCCAGGGUGAUGGCCGCAUCCGGUGGGACGUUCAUAGCAACAGCGUUGGCCCAGCUGGUUCCUGUCUCCUGGUCUGCACACACUAUAGUCACUGACUUCUACAACCCCAUUGUGCCCUCUGGCCAGAAGAUGGAGAUCGGGGCAGCUGUGUAUCUGGGCUGGGCCGCAGCGGGCUUGCUGCUAGUUGGAGGGUCCAUCCUUUGCUGUAGCUGCCCCCCCCAGCAAGACAAAACCAUGAGGUACACCAUACCCACCCAGAACCGCAAGGCGUAUUCGGCUGCCCCGAGGUCAACAGCACAAAGCUCCUACAACCGGAGAGACUACGUCUGA